GCGAUCAUGAGCUCCGCGGAGCAGGCGCCUGGUAGGUUUUUUUUCCUGGGGUAGUUCAGUUGGUUUUGCUUUUUCCUUCCCUCUUCCCACUUCGGCUCCACGGAACACGCCCCCAUGCUUCCUCGUCAACGGCAGCCAUCUCAGAGGUGUUACCAACUCCCUGGGACAACCUUCUGUUCACAUGCCGCAGCGGGACGGCACAGCGCAGCAGAGCAGCCAGCGGCAGUGGCAGGGGCAGUGGCAGUUGACCCACGGCACAGCAGCAGACUACCUCCCUCCCUCCCGUCUUUUCUCCCCCUCUCUCCCUUAUCAGUUGGCUGUGCGGGAACGGGAGAAAGGGAAGAAGCAGACGUGGAACCCAUCCAUCCAUCGCAUCCCACCUCCGAUCGCAUCCCCCGUCCUCCAUCCUCCAUCCUCCCCCCAUCUACGUAGUUACCCCCGCGAACGACUAGGGACGGGGAACAAGACGGAGCACGACGCCCAGCUCGAGGGUCGCAUUGAGAUGGGCAUGGGCAUUAACCACGUGUGGAGCACCGGCAGCCAUGCGAGCGGAGCGGAGCAGGCGAGACCGGAGGAGGCGAGAGCAGAGCGGGAUACCGUAACAGAAGCAGGAGCAGCAUUAGCAAUCACCGAAGCCAAACCAGAAGCCGAAGCCGAAGCCGAUGCACAGAAGCCGAACGUGGCAGUGGAAGCCGACGUGGAAGUGGAAGAAGAAGAGAAGCAGAAACAGUAGCUCGCCCCCAAGGCAAGCCUCGUUCGCUGGGCUUGUUUCUGGGUGCGGCGAGGCUUUCCUCCAUCUCCUCACUGGACCGGUGACGCCAUCACCCACCAUCGCCCACGCGCCGAAGGAAGCCUGCGUGGAAGACUACAGAUUGUCCAUA